AAGAGCUCUGCUGUCUCUCUACUCAGUGUAGAGUGUCUUUCUUUAAGACUAAUUUCAGAUCCUUUUUAUCUAUUGCCCAUGUUGCAUUAUUUCAACUUAUAAAGAUAUGUUUUAGACUCUGGGCAAGAAUUGGUAUUAUAUAAUUUUUAUGUUGAAACUGAAAUGGAGUUCAUAGCUAAGGAAUUUUUAGGUAAUUUGCUUCCUUAGAAAACUAAUGCUGCCCCAUACGAAAGGAAUGCCAUGCAAGAAAGGAGAUGUAUGUGGAUUUCUUGUGUACUUGCUUUUGAGCUUAUAACUCUUUAUUUCUUGUAAAUGUACGUGUAGCAAUAGGCUGGAAAAAGAAAACAUUGCAGGAAUAUAGUAGAAAAGAUUAAGUUUCUUACUGGAAUCAUCAGAGAAAAAGAUAAAGGAGACCAAGGAGAAGAAAGCCUGCCUGCUGCCUCAGUUUCCAUGAGUGUUAUCCAGUUGAAAACGAGUGUAUAUGCCACCAGGCAUUUGGUUCUUGUCCAGAGCUUCAGGCAAAGCUGUGUGGAGAGGAAAUGCAGAGUGAGAAUGAAACUUCUUCAGUAGACUUCAUUCUGCUGGGAUUCCUGAGCCGGACCAAUGUACACAUGUUCUCCAUGGCCAUGAACUUAUUAGCCUUCAUCGCUGCCUUGUCUGGAAAUGCUCUUCUCAUGCUUCUAAUCCAAGUGGAUUCCUCCCUUCACAGUCCCAUGUACUUUUUCCUCAGACAAUUGGCUUUCAUGGACAUCUGUCAGACACUGAUAAUUGUCCCCAAAAUGUUAGCUGACUUCCUGAUCCCAGGAAACCCCAUUUCUCCAGCUGGCUGUGGGGCUCAGAUUUUCCUUGUGCUAACAAUGGGCGUAUCAGAGUGCCUCCUCCUGGCAGUCAUGGCUUAUGACAGGUACAUAGCGAUCUGCAUCCCCUUGCAGUACCCCAUCCUCAUGAGCAGGAACAUCUGCUUUCUUUUAUCAGCUGGGGUCUGGAUGGGAGCAUCGGUAAAUGCGUUGAUUCAGACAGUGUUCACACUGGGUUUUCCCUACUGUGGCUCCAAAGAGAUUGACCAAUUCUUCUGUGAGAUCCCAGCCCUGCUCAAAUUGUCCUGCUCUGACACCUCUCAAUAUGAGGCUCUGGUGUUCAUGAGUAGCGUUGUCGUGUUCCUCAUCCCUUCUUCCCUUAUAUUAGCCUCUUAUGCUUGUAUCCUCUCCAGGGUCCUGAGGAUGAAGUCAACCAAGGGACAGCAGAAAGCUCUAGCCACUUGUUCCUCCCACCUGACUGUGGUGGUCAUGUUUUACGGGGAAGGCAUCUUCAUGUACCUGAGACCCAGCUCCUACCAAUCACCAGAGCAAGACAAGAUUGUGUCUCUGUUUUACACCAUUGUCCCCCCAGUACUGAAUCCACUCAUCUACAGCCUGAGAAACAGGGAUGUCUUACAUGCCCUCAGAAAGUGGAUUGGGAAAUGCAGAGACUUCCAGCAAGAUUGACAGAAGUUGUAGCCUGCCCAGGAAAGGGGAGAGGGAGACUUGCAUGAGGCUGAGUCAGAUAGGAUAGUUGCUGAACUGAAGUGUGUCUUCAGGGAAACAGUGACCCCAGACUGACUACCAAGACAGAGAGGGGAGACAUAGGAUCCUUCCUGUAAUAAUCUUGGCCACAUGGGCCGCAGUAGGCCAUAAAGACCUGGGGCAACACCUGUACUUGAGACAUUGGCUGUUAAGUGUUUGAAAAAGUUUUCAGAGGAGAGUAUCCCCAGAGUCACGCACAGUGGUAGAGAUCCUGAGUCACUCCUCUGCCCCAUGUGCACAUGUACAGCAUGGUUGUCAUAGGCCUGGAGUGGCUGGCAUGGCCCAGAGCAAGGGAAUGAGCAUGGCAAGAUUGAACCUAAUGUACGUACGACCUACUGGGAGUAUACGGGCUUCAUGUGUGGUACCUACUCCUUUGAUACAGCUGAAGUGGGAAGCAGGGGAGGCGUCCAUAUGUUUUGGUUUGCAUGGCCAGAAAAUGAUGGCAAUGCUCCCAUGGAAAACUAGGACUCUUGUCCUGAGUGGUCCUUAGAAAGUUCAUGUUGAACUUAACCUACCUGGACAUAUAGGAAUCCUAUCUACUUCUCCUUUUAUAAACCCUAUGGUCAUGAGUAGGGACCUACUGAAUUCAUUGUAUAAGUGGGCUGUCCAGCAGCUCUCUUAAUCUUGCAGGUUCCCCUGUGUACCCCCCUGCCAAACAUUGCAGAUUGGCAGAUGGGCCCUGGUGGCCCUGCUGUUUGUGGCUGACCAUUUGGGAGGCAAAAACAGCACCAUAUUUAAUACUACAACAAAUAUCUUCAGUUAUUAAAUCUUAUUUAAUGUAAUCUCACUUACAAAUGUUUAGACUAUAGUUUCAUCUCUGCCAGGUUCUGUCUGUUCCCCUAUUAUCUAACCUGUGUUUUACCAUCGAGUGUUCCUUUGCUGGCUGCCUGGAGGGCCUACUGGGAGUAGGGACUGUACACUAACUGGAAGACCAAAGAGGGCCAUGGCCUAUGCUGUUAUAGUGCCUUCUCCUGCCAUACCCAGCUGAGUUUGUCUCGGUUUACAUUUAGUAAGAUUUCUUGGUUUUGCACUCUUAUAUUUGUAAAUAGUAUAUAUCUAUAUCUAUAUCUACAUAUGUACACAUUAUAUAUGUUUAUUGACACUGUACUGUAAAAUUAAAU